CGGGCCGGCGUCCCCAGCUGCGGCCGCGGCAGCCAUGGCGGCGGCGGCCUCCCAGCGAGACCCCGGGGACUGGCAGGACUUCUCGGGCUUCCAGUCCUCCGCCGGGGGCGGCCCCGAUGCUGCCCGCGACAAGGGCGGCUGGGGCGGUGGCGACUUGGGGGCUAGGUUGUCCCUCUGCUUCGAGCCCCCGCAGGCCCGGGCUGGCGGCGGGGAGAGCCGCGUUCCGCUGCGUCCCCUCACGGAGCAGAGCGCCCUGCAGGACGACGAGAUUUGGAAUGCUUUGACUGAUAAUUAUGGUAACGUAAUGCCAGUUGACUGGAAAUCUUCCCACACCAGAGCUUUGCACUUGCCAACACUAAAUCUUUCUGAAAAAGGGGUAAACGAUAACUUGAACCUUGACCUGUCAGAUGAUGAAGAACUGAGAGAACAGUUGGAUAUGCAUUCUAUCAUUGUUUCUUGCAUCAAUGAUGAACCACUUUUCACAGCAGAGCAGGUGAUUGAAGAAAUAGAGGAAAUGAUGCAGGAAUCACCUGAUCCAGAAGAUGAUGAAACACCCACCCAAUCAGAUAGGCUCUCCAUACUUUCCCAGGAAAUUCAGACGCUCAAGAGAUCCAGUACAAACAACAGCUAUGAAGAGAGAGUAAAAAGAUUGUCUGUUGCUGAGUUAAAUGAGUUGCUAGAAGAAAUUGAGACUGCUAUUAAGGAUUAUUCCGAGGAACUGGUGCAGCAGUUGGCUCUACGAGAUGAGUUGGAGUUUGAGAAGGAAGUGAAAAACAGCUUCAUUUCUGUCCUCAUAGAAGUACAAAACAAACAGAGAGAACACAAAGAAACAGCAAAGAAGAAAAAGAAGCUGAAAAAUGGUAGUCCUCAGAAUGGCAAACAAGAAAGAGGUCAUAUGCCUGGAACAUACUUAACGACCGUCAUUCCUUAUGAGAAGAAAAAUGGACCCCCAUCUGUUGAAGAUCUUCAAACAUUAACCAAAAUCCUGCAUGCCAUGAAAGAGGAUAGUGAGAAAGUGCCAAGCUUGUUAACAGAUUAUAUUUUAAAGGUUCUGUGUCCUACGUGAAGAGGCCUGUCUUUCAAGUUAGUCAUUCUCCUUCCUGGAUGAGAAGCUUUCCAUGUAUAUAACUCAUAGUAUUUUUUCAUUUGGCACUAUACCUAAACCAUUAUGCAUUUACCUCCUUUCUGUGUGUGUGGAUUUUCUGAUCCUACAGUAAGUCUUCUGGGCAUGACAACUCAUCCAUUUUAACUUAACAGUGCAAUGAACUGGAGCAGGGAACAAACAUUGUACAGUUUUACUCGCACUGUUCUGGCUUUUUAAAGUCUAUUUUUACAUUGUAUAGCAUGUAGUAAAUCCUCCUGCACAUUUAAUUGUUGGAAGGAAACGUAAACUUUGAAUAGUGUAAAUAAAAUAAGUCUAGUUUUUAAGGAAUCCAUAUUUAAAUGUAUCCUUAGUUCCUAUGGCAAAGAUGGAAAAAGGAUCAUAGUUGGGCUUGGACUAAAAGAUUCGAACAAGUUCACCAGGAAGCACUCCCAGAACAGUGCUGGUGGAAGUCAGCAUUCAAUACUUCUUUUAAAAUGGUAACUUUGAACUGUACAACAGUAUUGUUCAUACAGUGGACAAAUCCAGAUUCUUUGAUGGUUUGGCAUAAGUAAUUGUUGUGUUACCUAUCCUUGUUAUUUAAUACAAACAUCCAAGUAAUGGAAUAUCUCAUAUUUGUUUUUAUUUUAAUUAUUAAUCUUCAUAUGGCUUAGGUAUUCUUCCAUGUUGCUGCUGUAAUUUUACUGUUUUUAAUAAGUGUUUGAUCUUAAUGAAAAUGCUUCAAUAUAUAAACAUUUUUAAAUGCUGUAUCUUUUUAAAAAUACCUCUACAGUUUAAAAACCUUGCACCUGGGUCCCAAGUUAGUAUUAUACCAAGAGAUUCACUGUUGUGUUAUCUCUGAAUUUUACUACAAAACUCUCUUGUAAAUUGUAUGCACUGUUUCCUCUGUGAUGAUGUAUCUGCAUUCAAACAGAUGCGAAUGUAUUUUAUAAAUCUUGCAGAAGAAACAUACCCCAUAAUCUCAACGUCAAAUACUUGUCACAAAUAAUUUUGCUAAUAUUAAAGAUCAGAUUGAAAUGUAAGGAGUGCUAAUAAAAAUAAA